AUGACGGACUUCACUGAACCGGUACGAACGCUGAAAUGCGUCCUGGUGGGAGAUGCUGCAGUAGGAAAAACCUCUCUGAUAGUGUCAUAUACGACGAAUGGGUAUCCUCAGAACUACGUUCCUACUGCUUUCGAUAAUUAUUCAGUUGUAGUCCGUGUUGACAAGAAACCAAUUCGACUUCAGUUAUGCGACACAGCAGGACAGUCUUCCUUCGACACUCUUCGCCCGCUCUCCUACCCAGAUGCUGAUGUGUUCAUUAUCGUUUACUCCGUAGUCGACCCUCAGUCAUUUGCGGAGAUCCCUUCCCACUGGCUUCCCGAAAUCAAUAGAGCAAAUCCAGUAGCAAAAUUGGUUCUUGUAGGAACGCAAGUCGAUCUGCGAUGGCAAACAUCGAAGGACACUGUGUCUACAGCGAAGGGACGGCAGCUGUCAUCUCAAAUUGGAGCAGAAUUCUUUGAAUGUUCUGCUCUAACUCAACACAACCUGAAGCAGAUGUUUGACUCUGCCAUUCUCGCUGCUCUUGAAGGAAGACGCACAAUCAAAUCUCCUCGUUCCCAACUGCAUACAUCGAAAAUUAAGCAAAGUUUUCACCGCAUAAUGAGCAUAACAAGGAAACUGAUUUGA